GACAGGCACCACAGAGUGCGUCUCAUACCGAACGCAGCUGAUGUUGUGAUUGUGUCGGCCCCGCAUACGAGCCGAGCCAUGGCUGACAUUUGCAGAUUUCCUGUUUACCUGGAGUGUGACCACCUGCUGGAGGAACACAAGCCGAAAAUAGAGACAUAUUUCCGAGUUAAGCGCAAAUCAGGCGGAGGGGAGUGUGGACCACUGACGCGCGCGACUGAAAACGUCUACAGCAUUACCUUCAAGUGUCCGGACGUUCAGCAGAGAGUCCUGCAGAGAUGUCAGCAUGUUGUGGAGCUUGCAGAUGGUCAAGUGGUGUUAACUGUCCGAGACAGCCUUGAAGCUCGCACCUCUACCAUCAGCGCUUCAGCUGCAAAUCAGGAAUUCACAGCUCCACUACAGAACCUACCAGCCAAUCCUGCCUCAACAUCUCCAUCUGGAGGCGAAGAAUAUGCACUACACCUUGAUCCUUACCUCCUCCGUUACCUGAAGGAAAGUCCCAAAGCUUUGGAAGAACUACAAAAAUUACUCACCUCAGUUUCCUGCUCUGCUCAGCUUCACCUAGAGGAGGGAAGGGUUUUAGUCACGAGUGUAGCUCAACCUGAUGGUGAAACAAGUUGGAAAGUAGAGGUGGACCAACUCUUUGAUGGCUACCUGUGCCAUCAUGAGGUGGACCCUCUCAAAGCAGAAGCUCUGCUUCAGCCCCACAGCUCCUCUCUGACCACAGAUGAGGUGAAGGUGUACAGCGAGGAUGGGAAGGCUGUUGUUGUCGGGCAACAAUACCAUGUGAAUGCCAUGUUGAUGAAUCUAGAUGACAGGUCGAGUGUCAGGGAGAAGCAAACCAGAAUUUGCAGAUUAGAGAAGGCCAAACUCCGCCUCCUCUGGAAAAAGAUUGAGCAUCAUUUGGGGCGAAAUUUUCCUGGAGUGAAUGUCACACAGGAUUAUGCCGGUCAGUUAGUUUUGGAAGGUCCAGUGGAUGAGAUGAUCAAGGCUGGAGAUUGGAUCUCUAAGGAGGAGACAUUAGUCUUAGAGAGGUCAGUUUCUGAUGUGAGCCAACACUUUUUGGCCUUCUUGUGGAAGGCUUAUGGAGAACCAGGGGUGCUCGCUGAGUUUUUAGGGGUUCAUGACGAGGUGGAAAUAGAGUUAAGAGUCACAGAGAUAUGUAUUUUCACCCUGUCUGCCGACAAACUGGAUCACACAGAAAAACAAUUGCAUGAAGAGUUCAAGGAAAUCAAUAUUGACAUCCGUUAUUGCUCCGCUGUGCUGCCUGAGCUUCAGGAAACCCUUGAGUGUAAGACUUUUGAGUUGAACCAAGGGCAAUGUAGAGCUCAGGUUUUGUUCGGCUCUGACAACAAGGUGUGCUUAGUUGGCCACACUGAAGAAUUUGAAAUGCUUUGUGAAGUUGUUGAUCAGUUUAAUUUGGACCAGUGUUCUGCCCAACUACUGCAGAUCCGUUCUUUGACAUCUUCCUUUGGGCCAGUGGAUGAGACUGAAGGUCCAUCCAGCAAAGUGACCGAGAUCAAGGACUGGCCGGCCCCUUAUUUGGACUCCCUUGGUAAGGACAGAGUCUUUACUGACGAUCACAGGUCAGUAAGAUAUUUCAAGAGCUCCCAUAGGGACGAUGACCCUCUAAGUGUAGCCUUGAAUUGGGCAUCUUCAAGUUUAAGUGAAGGAAACACAGUAGUUGCUAGCUACCACCUCCAAGAAGGGCUUCAAGUCCUGGUUUGUCAGGGGGACAUCACCAAACAGAAUGCUGAUGCCCUUGUGAAUGCUGCCAAUGAAGAUUUGGACCACUGUGGUGGGGUUGCUGCUGCACUGAGCCAAGCAGGUGGCCCUGAGGUACAGCAAGAGAGCAACAUCUUGGUAAAUUGUUAUGGGAAAAUACCUACAGGUGAUGUAGUGGAGACCACAGGCGGGAACUUGAACUGUAAGAAACUGCUGCACGCUGUUGGGCCAAUAGCUGGAAAAGCAGGGGGAAGAGAGAGGGUCUUGCUGGAAAAAACAGUCCAAUCUGCUCUGAAUUUAUCAGAAAUAUACGAGUUCAAGUCCAUUGCCUUGCCUUGUAUCAGCUCAGGGGAAUUUGGUGUCCCUGACGAUGUGUGCUCUGAGGCCAUCGUGACUGCUGUUAAACAGUUUGGCAGUCAGGGAGGACGAAGUCUGAGCAAAAUCAUCCUGAUUGAUGACAGGGAGGAGGUGGUGAGGGCGAUGCAGGAAGCAUGUGACAGGAUUCUCAGCGGGGUAACUACAGAAAAAAGUGAACCAGUAGAUUACAAGUUCCCACUGGAUGCUUCGGUCCAUGACGAAGCUAGAGCUGCUGGGGGUGGUGUCCAUGUGGAGAUCGUUCAAGGAACCAUUGAGACCCAGAAGGUGGAUGCAAUAGCGACGCCAAUGGUUGGCCAUGAUCCUCUCUCCACCCGGGUCGGAAACAGUCUUUUCAAAACGGUUGGACCUCAUCUGACUGCCAGGUUCAGAGAGGAAGCAGGAGAGGAAACAAUGCCUGGUGACACAGUCCUGGUGGAGGACUUGCCUGGACUGCAAUCUGAUGCAGUGUUCUUCCUCAACCUCGUGCCCUGGGAUAACGACGAUGAUGGAACUGCAGUCCAGGUUCUCAGGAGCAGCAUCAACCAAACACUAAUGUUAUGUGACAGAAGAGGAUUUGGUUCAGUUGCCCUCCCUGUCCUCGGGGCUGGAAUUGCCCUGCAGUUCCCUGACACCUUGGUUGCCAGGAUUCUACUGGAGGAGGUUCAUGCAUUUGAACAAGAACAAGCCAGCAAAACGCCGCUCUCUGUCCGGAUCGUUAUCCACCCUGAUGAUGAAAGUGCUUAUGAGAUCUUUAAGUUGGUCCAGGAGGAUUUCCAACCAAAAGAAUGCACGGACAAAGUUCAGCAAUGGUAUCAUGAGUCUGCAACAAAGAGGAUUGUGCUGCUGGGAAAAACAGGAUCUGGAAAGAGCAACCUAGCUAACACCAUAUUCGGAGAGAAACUGUUCACCACAAACCAUACCCCGAACUCUGGAACAAGAACAUGUCAAGCAGAAACCAGAUCCGUCAACGGAAGAAGCAUCACGUUGAUCGACACCCCUGGUUUGUUCGACGCAGAGAGGUCUGAGGAGGAGAUGAAGCCUGAGAUAGUGAGCUGUAUCACUGAGUGCGCUCCUGGGCCCCAUGCUUUCCUCAUUGUGCUCAAAGUGGAGAAGUUCACCCAGCAGGAGCAGGCUGUCAUCGAGAAAAUAUGCCAGUAUUUCUCUGAAGAUGCUCUUAAAUAUGCUGUCAUUGUCUUCACUCACGGGGACCAGCUCCCUAAAGGGGUGAAAAUUGAGGAGUUUGUCAGUCAGAAUAAGAAUCUCAGUGAUCUGGUGAAGAAGUGCAGAGGAAGGUGCCAUGUCAUUGAUAACAAAUACUGGCAAAACAAAGUGGAGAAUAACUACCGAAGCAACCCGCUCCAGGUUGAGGAGCUACUCAACACAAUAGACGGGAUGGUGAUGGAAAACAAAGGAGACUUCUACAUAAAUAGGAUGUUUGAAGUGGUUGAGAACGAGAUACAGAAAGAGGUCAAAAGCAUAAGACAGUCUGUGGGUUGCAUGUCCGUGAAAGAGAUCAGAGAAGAAGCGAAAAGCAGAGUUAAUGACAAGCUUUUGAUCCAACUGGCAGGUAUUGGUACAGGAGCAGUGGUGGGCGCUUUAUUUGGCAUAGCAGCGAUGGUUGGAAUAGUUAUCACAGCUUUUCAUAACUCUGGAUUCCUAAUGAAAACCUUAAAAAGGCUCCCAGCAGCAGGAGGUGCUGCAGCAGCAGCAGUAGGUGGAGUGGAAGCAGCAGGUCUGGCAGCUGUAGGGGUGGUUGCUGGUGUGACUACAGCUGGCUUAACUACAACCGGUGCAGUCAUCGGUGGAAUCAUUGGACAUGACGCUGCUGAAGGAGCAGCGACACCAAUGGAGGCAGCGGUCAAGGCAGCCAAUGCUGUCUUCAACAAGGGGAAAACUACAUUAAAGCUGUGAUAGGGAGCAGUGUGAAGAAUGAGUAGAGGGGGUGUCCAGGGUUUAAUUCUGAAUAAUUAAACCCUAAUUAAAAAACAUCAUGUAACCUUGGCCACUGAUAUUCCUCCUUUUAGCUCUGUUUUUGUCCCCACUACAUUCAGAGGAAAAUGUCUGAAACUAAUGCUGCUAAAUAUUUUAUGGUGCCAACGAGCUAGUCACUUUACCAGCCUGAAGCUGCACAGGGAGCUUACAGCAGGUUAAUUGAACAAAACAGCUUGUCAGGCAAGGUACAAGGUGAAAAAAACAAACGAGUUUGAUGUCCUGGAAACCAAAACAAUGAGAGCAAAGAGGCUAAAAGGGGAUUUUCCGGGUAUGGUGACAUUACUUUAUUAGUUUGAUACUGUCUGUGAUAACUUGUUCAUCACAAUCACCUUGUAAUGUUUGUAAUUAAGAUAAUUACUUAAGGUACCACCAACACUACUCAUAGUGCACUUUACAGGAGAGGAGCCAUGACAGAAUAAAAAAAGGAAUCAAAAAGGUGGAGGGAAAUAAUGAUUCUGAAAGCACAUUGUCAAAUGACUUUUUUGCCUAAUAAUUGUUUACAUGUGAUAUUUCAUGAUCAAGUUCUUACUAAUUCACUUUGGGUGUCUCAAGUAUUUUUAUUCUGACAAAUCUUUUUUCAACAAUAAAAGCAAAGAUUGUGCUCAAGA